UCUAGCUAACGGACAUGGAUGGAUUGGUGAUGAUGGUGAGGAAGUGAGUUAUGUCUUAAAAUCUUCGAAGGGAGCUACACAAAAAAAAACUAUAAUACAGUUUCGAAGCUGCCCAUGGCCAUGGCCUUUCAGAUAAUAGCUUCUUCACCAACGAUUACAAAAUCUCAUCUUAUCUCUUUUCCUCAUCUGCAAUUUUCUUACAAAGCUUCGAAACCUUAUCUCUCCUCAUGUUUUUCUCUCUUGGGUUCUUCUCGUUUCUCUCCUUACAUUGGUUUAAAGCAUAUGGGCGUCUCAAUCUCGCCGAAAUCUUUAAACCCAGAGAAGAAGAGAAGAUGUAGUAAGGGUAUGGUGAUUCGUGCGUCUCUGUUUGGCGUUGGAGCACCUGAGGCUUUGGUUAUUGGUGUUGUUGCUUUGCUUGUCUUUGGUCCUAAAGGCCUUGCAGAGGUAGCUCGAACUCUUGGAAAAACACUGCGUACAUUUCAGCCCACGAUUAGAGAGCUACAGGAUGUUUCAAGAGAUUUCAAAAGCACCCUUGAGCGUGAGAUUGGGCUUGAUGAAAUUUCCACUCCAAAUAUGUACAACCAGAACAGAAUGAACACUGGUCCUACUCCACCACCACCACCACCAACACCAGCUCCUAGCACUGAGGAUCCUGUGACUGCUGCAAAUGACCUGAAUGAUGUUCAAUCACCAAAGGCUUACACAACCGAGGAUUACCUCAAGAUUACAGAAGAGCAGCUCAAAGCUUUGUCUCCAAGUGAAGCAGGCGAUCAAACUCAGACUCCAGAAAAGCUACAAACAUCUACCGAAGAAAGCCAGCCCAAAGGUACAUCAACGGCCACAUCCCCUCCAAGACAAGAUUGAAAACUCCAAAUACUGACUUCGUGAGAGAUUUUUUUGAUCUGCCAAAAGAAAUGAAGCUAUUAGCUCUCAAGACAUUUUCACAAAGCAUUAUGUGCAAUCUUUAAUAUGGAUUGAAAAUAUCGGAAAAUGACUCAGUUGUGUAUUUAUGUUGCAUUAGUUUGCCUUAAUGAUAAAUGACGCAGCCUCAUUGAGGCACAGCGAUGUCUUUGGC